AUGGUUUUAGAAAGAUCACAAGAAUUAGAGAGCAAAAAUGAAACGGAUUUGACAGUGAGAGCUUUGACAACUGUGAGCAACGGUUUUGCUUUUUCUUGCCGCCCUGGACUUGUACAUUUUUUCGAAAAAAUAUCAACCAUCAAUAAGACUGAAUCCAAAUUGAUGGCGGCAAUUCGGCGUAGCCAACUUUACGGAUGUGAAACUAUGAGGACCAGAAAUGGAUAUUGGAAAGUACCUUUCCGACACUUUGAUAUAUCGUUUCAUACCGGACCGAUCGGAGAUUUGGCCUUGUGCUAUUGGAAACCGAUUUUUAUGACUUUCGGUACGCUAGACAGAACGGUAAGAAUAUGGAACUAUUUGAAACAUGAAAAUGAAAUGACAAAACAAUACCAAGAAGAUGUUCACAGCAUAUCGUUACAUCCCACGGACAAACUAAGGUUUAUGACUAUUUUAAUAGACGAUUUACAAGUUAGCAAAGAAAUUCCAAUCCGAGAAUGUCCCAAAUCGGCGUUUAGUAUAUGUGGUCAUUUAUUAGCUGCAGUAAACAGAAACGCAAUUCAAAUAAUCAGCGUCAUUACUUUUCAAAUAUUGGCUACUUUAACAGGUCACAGUGCAUUGAUUAAAUCUUUGCAAUGGAUAUCAGAUGAUAAGAAAUUAACAUUUUGCGGUCUCGACGGGGCCAUUUACGAAUGGGAUAUCACGAAUUACAAGAGAAGCGGUGAAAUAGUCAAUAAAGGAUUUUCUUAUUACGAUAUUGCCGUAACCACCGAUGGAAGUACUAUUUACGCCGUGUCCUCUGAUGGUUCAAUCAAGGAAAUUCGAGGAUUUAACAUUGCUCGAUCGAUUAAUUUGAAUUUGAACAACAUAAAAAACAUUGUUUUAUCGCGAUCCAAUUUGAUGAUGUUCGUUUCUGCUGGAACGGGAACGGUUGCAUCAGUGAAAUUUCCUAUUGAGAAACCUCCUGAAAUUAUUCUUCAAAAACUUCACAGUUCGGCUGUGACGCAGAUGGAAUUAAGUCUUGAAGAUACCACAUUCAUAAGUUGUUCUCAAUAUGGAGCUAUUUGCAUAUGGGACGUGACCAAUGCAGAAGAUAAAAUCAUAGUACACGACAAAAAUUUUACGUAUUUCAAUGAAAUUCUCAUAAGUAAGACUGAUUUAGAAGGGAAACUUAGUUCCAUUGGAGAUCUCACUCAAAGAACGUACGAAUUGGAAAUGGAGCAUGCAUAUCAAUUGCGUCAUACGGAAACCGUUUACAACGAAAAGAAACUUUAUUUCAAAUAUAUAACAGAAAAAGAUUUUAAAAAAGCUCGUUUGGGUGAUCAAGAGUGUAUUUUUGAACUACAACGACAAAAAAAUUACCUGCAAGAUAUUGUAACGUCUCUAGAAAAAGAGCUCAAAGUUAGCAAAUAUGUGAACUACGGAGAAGGAAUGAAUUACAUGGAAAUGAAUUGGAGUUUAAUGGAUGAGAUUUAUAAAAUUAGGAAAAAAUUGAAAUUCGUUCAAACUAGAGUUCAAGACAUGGAAACACUAAUAUUUGUAAAACUCAAUAAAACUUAUUCUCCGAGACAAGUGCAAAAAAUAAUAAAAUCGGCAUUAGAACCUCCAGAAGACGUUCAAGAAAAAUGUCACAUUAACAUGGAAAAUGCAUUGAAAAAAGCAAUUCUAGUCAAAGAAGAAGUGGAUUUGUUGACAAAGAAAGUUAAAAACAUUCAGAAAGCGAUGAUUUCAGAGGCUGCGCCUUUGAAAAAAAGAAAAAUGAGAUUCGAAAUUUAG